UGUUUUUAUUCACCAACACCACCAAACGCGAGGGGAAGUAGAAAAAAAAACACGACGAAAUUGUACCGCAAGCUGUUUUGGCCCCGUUUUAGGUUCCGCGAAAAGUUAGUCACUAUCUGAUAACUACUAACGCGCAGCACGUGCCGGCAUCCGACAACACGAGCACGAGGACGGUGAGAUCCCCCGAAGGGAGAACAAAAUCGGGAUGGAAUCGAACGAGAGGCCCCGCACGCUGUCGCAGUACAAACGCUUUCAAACGAACGACGAGGGCCGGAAAACGUUUUCCUCCAUUGAUCAGAUAAAAACCGAAGCAUCGAUCGAGCGGAUCUACGACCGGUACGAGCAGCUGGCGGCCCUCGACGCGACCCUGCCGAAGCUGCUCCGGGGGGACCAUGCCCGCUACCUGCAGCUGUCACUCGAGCGCCUCUCGACCGCUUACGAAAGCCUGGACAGUAGCCGGCCCUGGAUGGUGUACUGGAUACUGAAUGCGGCCAGCAUCCUGAACCUGCGCUUUCCGCACGAGCUGCUCGACCGGGUGGUGGACUUUCUGGUCAAGUGCCGCGGCAAGGACGGCGGCUUCGGGGGCGGACCGGGCCAGGAUCCGCACCUGGCCACGACGUACGCGGCCGUCAACUCGCUGUGCAUCAUCGGCACCGACCGGGCACUGAGCGCGAUCGAUCGGCCCUCGCUGAAACGGUUCAUGUGGUCGGUGCGGGAGAGCAACGGCGCCUUCCGGAUGCACGUCGGCGGGGAGGUGGAUGUGCGCGGCGCCUACUGUGCCAUCUCGGCCGCCAAGCUGUGCUCCUUCACGCCGGAGGACGAGCAGCGGCUGUUCGAGGGCACGUCCGGCUGGAUCGCGGAAUGCCAAACGUACGAGGGUGGGUUUGGCGGCGCGCCCGACCUGGAAGCGCACGGCGGGUACUCGUUCUGUGCUGCGGCCGCCCUCAUGCUGCUCGGGGGCGAGAACCGCUGCGACCUGAAGGCGCUGCUCCGGUGGACGGUGAACCGGCAGAUGGCGUACGAGGGCGGAUUUCAGGGCCGCACGAACAAGCUGGUCGACGGGUGCUACUCGUUCUGGCAGGGCGCGCUCGUACCGAUCGUGCAGGGGCUUAUCGCACGGGCGGAAGGCAACCAGAGCAUCAUGAACGUGAGCCUGUUCAAUCGCUACGCGCUGCAGGAGUACGUGCUGAUAUGCUGCCAAAGACCCAACGGCGGGUUGAUCGAUAAGCCGGGCAAACCAGCCGAUCUGUACCACACCUGCUACACGCUCAGCGGACUGGCCGUCGCACAGCACUGCGAAACGCACAGCCCACCGCUCGUGCUGGGCGACGAGCGGAACGAGGUGCUGCCGACGCACCCGGUCCACAAUAUUCCACCCAAGGCAGCGCUGGACGCUUACCGGUACUUUCUCGAGCUCGAUCAACCCGGAUCGGCCAGCGAGGAGAAGCACUGCAAUGGCAAAUCGGCCGACCCGAUGGACGCUUGUUCGGAGAACGAGUCCGACCGGCCAACGUCCUCGUCGCACAUGUCGUCCGAGGACAGCAGCAGCAACUACACGAGCAGCCGAGCGUCGGAAUAUUGAGCAAUGCAUGCAUGCGGCCCUCGGCUGUUUGAGAUACUUGAAAGACAUUUUAGGGGACACCUCCUCUUCGGUAGGUUCGGUUUUGUGAUUGCUCUUUUCUUUUCUUUCUUUUUUUAAUAAACUGCAAAAUGUACCAAUCGUGCUUUACUCCACCACACCCGCCCGUGAGUGCAAAUAGGCGGCAAUAACUUACAGCAAAUCCAAUGAAUCCACAAGCAAUCAAUCUCGAAAAGCGUUGUUAUAGAGAUGAGCCACUAACUCGGCGCGGCCUACUGCUGGAGGUGUAUCGCCCCCUUCCUCUUCCAGUAGUUGUGCCCUCACCGCAAGACCAAAUAAUAGUGGGGCAAGUAAACAAACAAAAUUGGCCACCACUUUUCUUUCUCAAUUUGCUCAAUAUAGGGGCACACAGUUUUCUCUCAACUCAUUUUUUCCUAAAACAACAUAAAAUUCUUAAUUAUGAAAAUAAAAAUGAAAUACACCAAAAGAAGUUGUUGUUUUUUUUUUAUAAAUAAAUCAAUGAUUUUAUUUUUUUUUCUUCUUCGCUUCCCUUCCUAAGAAUGGCUUUUUUGUUGUUAUUGAUGAUGAUUUCACGUAUCAUUUCUUUUCUUUGUUUCGUGUUUCGUGUUGUCUCAUCGUCUCAUUUUUUCUCUCUUUUUCACCUGUGUGUUUUACAGGUAAGAGUAGUAGUAAAUUUGCCAUAUCUUGAGAAAUGUUUUGCUCAUCAUCAAUAUAUAUAUAUUAUUAAUUGCAUGUUUUCCUCCCUCCGUACAACUAAUAGUAUAUUUCACAAUACAACACACACCACAUUUCACAUCGCUUUCUCUUUCUCUCUCACACCUUCUUUUCUAAAUCCAAACCCUUCUUUUUUCCAUGCUUCUUGGCUCUGAUCUAUCUCCGUUUUCUUUUCUCGUUUCCUCUCCACCACUCAUGCCACCACGCAUUUUCUCUCUCGCUCUUUCUUUUGCCUUCUUGCUCUCUUCCUCUAUUGUUACCACUCGCUCUAUUGCAUCAUAUAUUAACACCUCGGUUCUCGCAUUUACUUUCUUCCUUUUUUGGUGGCAUAUUCGCGUGGCGUGGUCACUACUUUUCGAUCUCUUUCGCUUAUCCACUGCCUACUACAUCUUAAUCCUUUUUCCUCUUUCCUUUUUAGCUACACUUUACACGUUUUUUUUUUAUACUUCUUAAUGUUGCACUUCUCUUUUGUGGUUCUAGCUUCCCUUUCCUUGCCGCUUUUGCCUUUUUUCGUUCUCUCCCUCAAGGGUUGUGUUGGCUUUUUUAAAAAUAGACGUGAAAGGAGCGAAACUGUGUUCGUGUUGUUUGUUGCGAUGAUAUCGUGUAGAAAGGUGUGUUACAAUAAAUUACAGAAAAAUAGAACAGACAGGACACAUAAACAGAUUCUUAAAAACGAUGGGUUUUUUGUGUGUUUUUCUUUUAACGAUUCACAAUCACUAUUCCCUUAACGCGCUAAGUGGUUUUAAUUCAUAAAAUGGAAAUUGUUAAGGCGUGUGUGUGUGUUUAAUUAUGUUUUUUUUUUGUCUGCACAUUUGUAAACUUAGUUUUGUUUUCAAGUUUUCUAGCGCGCUGUUUCUUGCACUUUUUGUUGUUGUUGUUUUUCGAUUAGAGAGAAAAAGGAGAAUUUGAUACUGUAUAAAUGGGGAUAAUGUAUAAAGUUGUGAUAACUCGUCCUGUAACUGCUCUUCCUCCUAACACACGCGCUCUCUUGCUCUCUUUCUCUCUCUAUCUCUAUGCACUUCCUCCAGUGAAGUGGUCAUGUACAGCCAUACUGACGCAUACACACUUACAAACACACUCACACACACACAUGCACAUUUGCAUCCACAUCAUACUAGACUUUCUAUACACACACACGCAUACGCACACAAACGCUCUUCCUAAUCUGCGUAGUCGUCUAACCAAACUAAACUAUGAGAAAAAAAAAAUAGAGGAAAAUGUUUGGGGCCCACACACCAUUAUAUCAUAGCUUCUUCUACCGAAACCCCCUUUUUCUUGUUUUAUCUUGUUCUAUGAACUUCCUCCAGGGAAGGAGGGUGGGGGUGUCUCCCGCAGAGAGGGAUCCAAAGGAGGGAAAUGAUUGCACACAAGUAGUUUUGCUCUAAUUGCAUCUCAAUUGUGGGGGGAGUAAGAGGAUGAGGAAAUAAUAAUAAUGGGGAAAGCGAUGAGGAUAUAACUUAAUUUACUACCAUCCUUAGACGUGAACGAUUAUAGAGAUGCUACUAUAUAUUAAGAACAAACAUAAAAACUAUACAAAAAUUACUAUGAAACGAACGAGAAUUACGACAGAUAGUGCGCGCGCGCGCACACUCACAUACACACCCCCAGGAUAGCGUGUGUCGUCUUGUGUGUUGUUGUAUAUGCUUUUCUCCUUUCAUGUCUCCCUUUGCACAAGCGUGUUCUCUUAUUCUUCUUCUUCUUCUUGUUCCUUUUCUCUUAUCUUCUCUUCUUCUUCUUGUUGUUCCUUUUCUCUUAUCUUCUCUUCGUUCUUCUUUCUCCUGUAUACUCUAAUGCUUCUUUUCUGUUUGAGCUGACUAUUAUUCACACACACUCACACACACCUUCAGGCUUUGUUGUUUUGUAUUCACUCACUUAAGGCUGCGCAUUUCUUGUUCGAUUUUUUCAUUCAUCCACACACGCACAUGAUGCAUGCCAAACACGUCGUUUCGGCACGCACACCACACAUCGGAACCGAUGCUAAAUGAGCUCGCAACUUUCAGGGUUUGGGGAUUGUGUACAAUAAGGGAAUAAGGAUACCUUUGAAGGAAUAACGGGAGAUGGAGUAGGUGGGAUAUGAUGAUCAUGGGAUGUUGGUUUUGUUUUGUUGUAAUAAAUAAUUUAAUUCGUUUAAAAUCCUCCUCAUACACUGAUAAGAUCACGCAAUGAGGGGCGGGGGUGUAUAGGGAAAUAAUUUACAAUAAAAGAGGCUUUGCAGAUACAAAAACAGUAUCGUGCUCAAAAGCAGGUGGGUUUUAUAAUAUUAUUCAACAUAAUUCAUAAUAAAGAGUGCAUUAUCAUGCGCUUCUCUCUGUUUAACAAUGUCGAAAACAAUGAAGCAAAAACUAAACAAGCUGAAGCUGCGCACACAACAGCAAAGGGAAUGGUGAUGGUGAAGGAUGUCCUUCCUUCCUUCCGCUCCGUUUGCGCUGCGCGCACUGCUGCAGAUCCUGCUCUCUUGCAGGAUGGCGAGAAUGAUUACAUUACACGAUGAGUGUGCGUGGAAACGUGGAACCGAGCAUGAUUUUCUUCUGCUCGGCAAAUCUUCUUUUGUGCCAUUUGCAUGCGUGCGCGUGGAUGACGACUCUCAGAGGCAGGGUGUUUGCUGUCUCUUUCUCUGUGUGUGUGCGUGUUCUUGGCGGGGAGGUGCACAGGCUUUUCCGUGACAUAUAAAAACAAGUUUAAGGUGAUAGAGCACCUUUAGCGUAAAAAAAACGACUUUGCUUACAUACAUUCAUUGUUCGUUCAGUUGGGGCAAAAUUAGAAUAAAUAAAAAAAUAUAUAUGCCAUUAUCAACUGAAAAACCAGACAAUGAUGAAGAUACUAUCAGACGCCAAAAAAAGGUGAAUGUAUCGACCGAUCGGCCUGUAUUAUCGCCUCCCCGUGGUGCAGGCAGCAAGGAAUGGAAUAAAUUGUACCUAACACAAAUUUCAACAUUCCCCCACGCACCCAUUUCCCAAUACACCACACACACACAAUUCAAUCGAAACUGACCCGCACUACACCACUAUUUCAUGGUUUGCUACGUUUUACGCUCCUCUAUCUAGCUCUAUCUCAUUAUCUCUCUUUCGCUCUUUCAUUUUCAUCAUUGUUCUGUUCAUUCUCCUGAUACUCUCCUUUUGCUUUUCUUCCAUUCUUGUUUCUCUGUUUCUCUAGCUUUCAUGUUUUCUCCUCUUUUGUUUCGAUUUGCUUUCGAUCUCUUGUUUCCUCUCUCCACUGUUUGUUGUCACCCUUCUUUUCUUCAUUUUAAAUAAAUUUUAAUCACAUUUUUUUCUUUUUCUUUUUCUCCUCCCCGUUUGCUCCGCUCUUCUACCGUAAGUCGGGUUUUCGUUUGUUUUUGUUUCUCAUAAAUUAAUAAUAUUUAUCAGAUAAAAAAUACUUCUUUUUUUUGCUGCUCCUAAACACGAUUGCGUUUCUGUUUGCGUACGUUCGUUUUAACAUCCGCUUUCUCCCCUCCUCCUUCUUCUCUUCGUGCACGCGUGCCCGCUUUUGUUGUAAAUUGUGUUUCUUCAUUUCUGUUUUUCGUGCUCCCUUUUUUUCCUCCAGACGCUUCCUUGAUUCUUGUUUCCUUUGUUUUCUUGUUUCUUUGCGCUCCCUAUUAUUAUUACGUAGUUAGUAGUAGUAAUAGUACGACGGCGAUGGUGUUUUAUGUUGGCAAGGCUUUGUCUCACUUGUUGGGAAAUACGUUCGUUCGUUUUCCAUGCCUUUUAGUGAAUAAGGAUGUUUCUUCAUCAAACCGUUCACAUUGUGUCCCUGUGUUUUUGUUUUUGUUUUCUUUAUAGUAUCAAAUAAGCACGUUUCUAGAAGUGUGCCAAUUUUCCUGUCUUAUUCCAAAAAGCGUUUUUUCUUUUGCUUACGUGUGUAUGUGUGUUAAAACAGGAAACAAGCAUACAAGGGUGGGGGGGGGGGAAUGAUUCCGUCCUUCAUCCAAGCGCCUGUACACACAAUCCCACACCAAAUAAAGAAACGUGAAAAGGAAGGGGGAGGGGCGCGGCGGUUGCGUAGUACACAUAAUAUACAUAAAUAUUCGAGAUCAAUUGCGGUAUUUUCAUGCUGCUUCACAAAAGUUUAAAAUUGUGCAACCGCGCGCGGCUCUAAGAUUUUUGAGGUGAAAGUGGAGCAGCAACAACGACACGGAGGAAGGGUAGGUAAACCGACAGUAAAAACUGAUACACGGUUCACCGCUAUCGCGUAUGUUUUGUUGCACGCCGGUCUUUUGCUUAUCGCAUCGGCAAAGACGAAACCAAACCAACCGUGACACUAAAAACACACGCGCACGCACACACACACACGUGCACAUCCAUUUCGUAUUGUGGUGCCACCAAAAUGGAAUGUGGGCAGGCAUGGGGAGAGGCGAUACAUGCAAUUGUUUGCAAAUUCCCUGUGAACCUGUAAUGCUUUUCUAACACGCUGCUUUUAUCCCUGUGUGUACAUUCUUUUCUUGUCGUCCUGGUUUCUUUGCUACAUGCCUUGUCUUUACUUCCACGAACGGUUGGUUGUUCCCCUUCCUUAGUUAGUUCCUAGGCUCGAUUAUUCCACAUUUAUCGAAAACACAUAGACACAUUCUCUACAAACAACAACACGUGCUACUACGACAUCGUCGGGGAUUACAUUAAUAUAAGCUGACCGAGAGGGAGGGAAAUAAACGGGACAAGUUUAUCUCUAUCGCUACCGUGUAGCGUUAGUGUGUUACCUGUUGUUUCAAUUGAUUGAGCUUGGUAGUGUUCAAAACUUUGCCUAAACGCAACAUGCACUUAGUAGAGCUUAAUGCUGUCGCUGAUUUGCUGGUUCAAUCGUUCUGUUUCUAAGGAUUAAAGGGAAGGGGGAGCUUCGAUUCGUUUGGAUAUUUGACUAUUUUCCGGUACACACCGGACCGGUCUCUCUCACGCUCUAUCAGCAUUAGACUAUUUCGCAAAUUUUACUAGAGUCCAAUAAAUCGUAGUAUGAUUGAAGUUUGCAGAUCUUGUACGUUUUGUCUUGCGUUUUUUUUUUUUUUUUUGUUU